AUGAAGAAGAAGCGAGUGCGCCCCUCGCCCGCGCAGAACCCCCAGCCACGCCCGCCCGUCUUCUCUGUGCGUCCAAACCCCGCGCACUACCUCGUCUCCUUCCAGCCCGGCUCCACGUCGCCCGAGCAGCAUGUCGUCUCGUUGCUCUUCGAGAACGAUCGCCGCCUCGUUUGUUUAGUCGGCCUGCCCGGUUCCGGAAAGACCGUCGCCCUGCGGUCCGUUGCCCAUUACGCCGCGGUGCACGCGCACUUCCGUGACGGCAUCGCCCUCCUCGGCCUAGCCCCAUCGACCACCCCCGCGUCUCUGCUUGCGGAUCUAUGCGAGCUGGUCGGCCGUAUCGCGGGCGAGGCUCCAAAGAAGGACAUCGAGCAGCAGCUGGCAAGCAGUAAUUCACACAUCGGCGCAAUCGACGCCGUCGCAAACGCCCUCCGUCACCGCCGUGUCCUUCUCAUCCUCGACAACGUGAGCAGCUCGCCCGGCAUAAUACUGCAGCUGCUCCAGCGCCUCACGCACGUAGCGAUGGCAUCCGCCUCGCUCCCGCCAAAGGCUAAGACGUCCAGGUUAGCGAUAUUGGCAAGCGCGCGGUCCGUGCUAGUCGCGCGGAAGAUUGGAGGCAACUCUCUCGUGCACAUCGACUUGCUGGACCCGUUGGGAUCCACGGCGCGUGACAUGCUGUGUGCUCAUCUGGGUCUGCCCCGCGCGGAGCUGGACGCACACUGCGCAGUGCCUGCCGUGGGGGAGGCGCCCGCCAAAGUCGUGUUGCGCCGGUGCGCGGGACUGCCACUAGCAGUGGCGGUGGCGGGGGGCGCGGUGAAGAGACUGCUAGUGCAGGACGGGAACCGAGAAAGCAUUUGGGCACAUUAUAGUGAGUAUCUGACCAAGAGCUUUGAGCAGUUUGGACAGAUCUCGCGCUUGUUCUCCAAUGUUGCGGCGUGCGUAGAUGCAAUUGCGAAGUGGCCGUUGAUUCUGCCCGUGCAGAAUGCGCUGGCCGCGUUGGUGACCUUGCCGAGCGAUACUGGAGUCUCAAAGGAGAAGCUCCAGAAACUCUGGGGGGUGUCCAAUGAAGGGGAAGUGCUUGCCGCGAUCGAUGAGCUUGCCAAUCAAUGUUUGGUGAAGAGGAUUAUGCGAGAUGGCAAGGUGUUGGGGAUGAAAAUCCCGUCGAUCAUCAUGGACUACUGCAGGCACGAGGCGAAGAAUUUGACCAAGCACAACCCGGCGAGCACGGCCGGGUUUCAACCGGUGGCGGCGAAAAAGGCGGGGGGCGGUGGCGCGAAGGAAAAGGCGAAACCGCGUACGAAACGCGGGCGUCCUCCCGGCGUGCGGGCAAGCGCGAAGAUCCGCAAGACGAAAGCAACGGGAAACGGAGCGGCGGCGGUGGCAGCUGUUGGCAUGGCGCCGGGCAAGCGGCGGGCGGCCGCGGAGCCGGGGGACUCGCUGAUGUCGCACUUUUCCGGAACGGCGGCUGUGUUUCAAACGGGCGAGGCGGAGCGAGACAAGGAGUCGUGAUUGGUUUUCGGUUUCUACGACCGCGGAGGGGCGCGACUGUCGUCCCUCUGCCGCAGCCUUCUAGUUCUGUACGCUUUUGUCGGGAUGAUCCUCGCUCUUGUACAUUAUAAGCCUUCCGACCCUCUCGCCGCGUGAUGUUUUCGUGGACUUCUUGCGCCCGCAUGUCGUUUGGCGCAAGCAACGGACAAGAGAAUGGUCUACGAAAAAAUGUGGGGGCCCUCUACCCGUUUCUACUUUAAUACGGGGUCUCCUAAACCUUUUUCUGAUGAAAGCGGUCAAUUAUGGCAAGUCUACGGUCCCUAUAGUCAUCCAUCCAGCGAUCGAUACCCUUAAGCUCCUUCUUUGUCAAAUUCCUAAACAUCCACUCGCGCAUGAGC